UUUCGAAGGGAGAUCCUGCGUCGGUGUGUGGCGCAGCUGUGCGUGCAACAAGGUUGGGAUCGUGCAGAGCAGUCUGCUCUCAGGGUCCUGGCUCAAAUUUUGGAAGCAUAUGUCUUCAUGCUGGCUGGCAGUGCAAAAGUUUAUACUGAUCAAUUUGAACAAACAGAACUGACUUUGAAUAAUUUGCAUUUGGCAUUUUUGAAAUGCAACAUCCAAUUUGAUCAGCUGAAAGAGUACUUUAAAUUGAAUGAACCUGUCACACUGCCACAUGAUGUCCCACAUUUUCCA